AUGUUGAAGUGGAUAAAAGGUGGGCUUUCUGCAGUUACUGGGAUGGCAGAGCCUGAGUAUGGGAAGGAAUACAUCCAUAGUGUUGCUGACAGGGUAAAAAAUAAGCAGCCUUACAGAGCAACCACUCGUGAGGAUCUUUUCUGGCAAGCUCCUGACCAUACCAACGUUGAAACAGUCAUUUUUUACUUCAGUGAUUUGAAAACUGGUAUCUUCGGUUUUGCUCAGAUCAUUCACUCGAACAUUAUUGGUUUGCAUACCGCAUCCCAAUUUACCUUCAGAAUCUUUGAUUCGAAGAACCCAGAGGAUUUGAAUAUCUGGACAUCUACCAAAUUGGAAAACUUCUAUGUCAAAGAUGCGAACUUUUACGCUGAUAAUCUUUCUGUCGAAUUGAGUGAUGAUGGCGAAAGCUACCACAUUCAAUCCAGCGUCUGUGAUCUGUCUGUCAUAGACUUACAUAUAAAAAAGUUAACUCCCGGUGCUAAGGUCGGCGAUGAUCCUGCCACUUAUUAUGGUAACAAUAUCGAUGAACCUUGGGGUAGUAUGAGACACGUUUUCUGGCCAAGAAAUGCUUGUCACGGUUCUAUCAAGGUCAAAAAGGAAAUUAUCCCGGUAUCAGAAGAUCAAGAAAGUUCAGGUGAUGAAGAUGAAGAAGAUGACGAAGAGGAAUCGGAUGACGAAGAGGAGGACUCCGACAGUGACGAGGAAAGUGAUAGCGAAGAACUUGAGAUCACUUAUGAAGAUCGGACUAUCAUAUUCAAGGAGGAAGAUCCCGCACUUUCAACAUUUAUAAUGGCUUUCCAGGGCAUGAAGCCUCAUCACGCGGCUAAGGCAUGGAACUUUAUGUAUUUCCAUUCCGAAAAGCAUACUGCGGUAUUAAUGGAAUUCACCACACCAAAGUCGUACGCUAACACUAAGAUCUCUGCUGGUAUUAUUACCGACGAUAAGGAAGUUUUGGCGGUGACAACUAAUAAUAACGUAGAGCACUUGAACUCGGAAGUUGAUUCUGUUGGUUGGAAAGUUCCGCAGGAGAUCAGGGUUACUUUCAAAGGUAUCAAUACUAAAGUAAAGGAUGAGCAAUUAGAACCUGAAAAUGGCACUGAAGAAGAUGAAAAUGCUGCAAAGAAAGCAAACGAUGGAGAAGAAGAGGAGGAGGAGGAAUAUAAGAACGUUGCAGAUGAGAACAAGUUCAUUGCUGUCCUUGAAGGUCCACUGGAUAACCUGGUCGAAAGAAUUGAUGUGAUGGGUGAAAUCCCAAGCUUUGUGAAAAAUAUCGUCUCUGGUGUUGCCGGUACUAAGCCAUUCAUUUACCAAUAUGCUGACCCAAAAAACUCUACUCUACAAAUAAAUGGUGGUGAGAAGAUUCACGGUGUAGCUUGGACAGAAGUAACAUUUAUUUCCGAGUCGGACGUCAUAAGUGAAGAGUCUUACAAUGAAGCAUAA